CGGAAGUUGGAGCUACUACGUGGCUAAGGUCCAAAUAAUCUACAUUUUUUAAUAGGAGUUUAUCCAGUUUCCACUUACUGAAGUCUUACACCAGAUGUUUUAUGUUGCUUAAGUUUAAAUGCAUCGCAGAGUGAGUUGACAUUUUUCUUUUGGAAAAUUUUCCGGAAACGAAACCCUGAGUAAUCGGAAGUGAUUAUUUGUGAACCAGAAGCUUGAUGUCACCAAGGCCUGGGCGGAUCGGCUUCAGAAUGCUAGAGGAGUGCCUGACGUUAAACCAGUGAGAUCUGGACGAAGAUUCUGUCAAGUGAGGCCCCCUGCAAUAGGAAGAGUAAGAAUCUGAGAGGUUUUUCAGUAGAAGUCUUGGGGUACAUUUUCAUUGGUGAAAAACAAUGACUACUCUUGAAAGCUUAGAAACCAAAGUCAUCCUUACUCCAUCCCCAAUCCGAGGAGCGGGAGAUGGAAUGGAAACUGAGGAGCCACCUAAAUCUAUUGAAGUUACUCCUGGAAUCCAACCUAUAAUACAUCACAGCCUUCAGAGUCCACGAAAGAAAGCAGUCCCAUCAGAGAGCCCAGGAGUUCUUCAGCUAGGGAAGAUUCUGACUGAAAAAGCCGUGGAAGUCGAAGCUGUAAGAAUAUUAGUUCCCAAAGCUGCUAUAACCCAUAAUAUCCCCUACAAAAAUGCAAAGGUUAAGUCUCUGGGACAGCACAAAGGAGAACUCCUUGGCCAGCCAGAGGGAGUCACAGAACCCAGAAAAGAACUGUCCGAGGUAAAGAAUACGUUGGAAAAGCUCAAGAACUCUGAACGGAGGUUGCUACAGGACAAAGAAGGCCUUUCAAACCAGCUCAGAGUGCAGUCAGAGGUCAAUCGUGAGUUAAAAAAGCUACUGGUGGCUUCUGUUGGGGAUGACCUUCAGUAUCACUUUGAACGUGUAGCCCGUGAGAAAAAUCAGCUUAUUUUAGAAAAUGAAGCCCUGGGUCGAAAUAUCGCUCAGCUUUCCGAACAGUUAGAACGGAUGUCGAUACAAUGUGAUGUGUGGCGAAGUAAAUUCCUCGCAAGCAGGGUUAUGGCAGAUGAGUUAACCAACUCCAGAGCAGUUCUGCAGCGUCAGAACCGUGAUGCACAGAGCGCUAUACAAGAUCUCCUGAGUGAACGGGAACAGUUUCGUCAGGAAAUGAUUGCUACGCAGAAGUUGCUGGAGGAGCUCUUGGUCUCUUUGCAGUGGGGAAGGGAGCAAACUUACUACCCUAGCGGGCAACCUCACAGCACAGCAGAACUAGCAUUAACAAAUCACAAGUUGGCAAAAGCAGUAAAUUCUCAUCUUCUGGGAAAUGUUGGCACAAAUGGUCAAAAAAAGGUUCCAUCAACAGUUGAAUUCUGCAGUACUCCAGCAGAAAAAAUGGCUGAAACGGUUCUACGCAUUUUGGAUCCAGUUACAUGUACAGAAAGCUCACCUGAUAAUCCAUUUUCUGAGUCUUCACCAGCCACCUUACUUGCUACAAAGAAAAAUAUUGGACGAUUUCAUCCCUAUACAAGAUAUGAAAAUAUAACUUUCAAUUGCUGCAAUCACUGCCAGGGAGAACUUAUUGCGCUUUAACAGUCAAUAUGGUGGAGGCACACUACAGGCACUUGCUUUUUACCCAAGAGUCAUUAUUAUUUGGGAGCUGGGGGUCUUUGGAUGCUAGAAGUAUUAUCACUUUCUAUUUAAAUAAUAUAUAUCCCCAAAGAUGUUUCAUGUACUGGACUCCAGAUUACCCUUUAAUAAAUACCUCAGGGUAAAGAAAAAAAAUGAAACUGUGUAGAUAUAUAUAAGUAGACAAUACUUUCCAGGCAUGUUAGGAUGGUUUUCCUAAAGGACUAGAUUCUAUACCUUUCUUUCAGGCCCUAAUUUAUUAUCUUGCUAUAUAUUUUACAUAAGAUUGGCAGACUAUAGCCUUGGGUCAUAUGCAGCCAUACCCAUUCAUUUACUGUUGUCUGUGGUUCUGCUACAGCAGCAGAAUUGAGUAGAUACAACAGGGUUUAUAUAAUUAGCAAAACCUAAAAUAUUUAUUAUCUGACUCUUUAGAGAAAAAGUUUUCUGACCCUCACUCUAACACAAAAGUAGCUGCAAGGGUUGGGGAAGGAAUGGGGUAGGAGUCCUUUCUCUUUUUGGUGAUUUUGGAGAAGAGUACAAAAGAGUCUUACAGAAAUAACAUAGGUGGAGGAACUAUUUUAAAAAUAAAUGCUAAAUGUUAAAAAAAAAUUUAAAUAUUUUACAGCCACAUUAACAAAUGCUUGAGCAAAAUCGUUGUUCUUAUUUUGGUUUUAUGCAGGGGAUUCUGUAUUUUAAAUGGAUUUAACUGAUCUACAGAAGAAACAACUAUUGAGCUCAGUUUGGCAAUUGCAGCACAAUAGGAAUAUCCAAUUUGGUACUUAUGAAAUAUGGCAGAGAAAGUAAGAUCUUUGGAGAACAUCACUCAAGCUCAAAAAUGCAAUGUAUCAAUUGAUUUUUAUUAUGUAACGAGUUAUUAUUUAUUUAUGAUGGGCCAUCAUAAAACACCUUUUUAGAGGCCUAUAAAAACGUCCACAAAAAUGUUUAUAACAAAUUACCCUAAUUGGUUUCUUUACCUAUCAGUCAAGAAAUCCUCAAAAGACAAAUCUGAUCAAGUAACAAUAUAUUUUAAUGUCAACUUAAUGAUUUUUUUUUUCGGUCUGAUUCAUCUGAGUUGUAGUUUCAAGUGGGUGGCAAUAAAUUUCUUUACCUGCUUUAGUUUAAA